AUGGCAACGUUUGUUCCGUUUUCGACGUUUCUGGACUCGAGUUUCUGGAGCGAAGUGAACAAGCGAAAGCUCGGCGAAUGGAUGCUCGACGAGUCGCCACGGAGCAUUUUCAGCCAGUUAUCCAUCUGUAAGUGUCGGAAACCCAGCAGAGUGGAAUCAGAAUCCGUACAAUUUCAGACGACACAGUUGGCUCCGCGUGCCGCCUUUCUCUGAGCCACGAGAGCUUCAAAGAACCCGGAAGUUCCGAGUUUUCCGGGCUCGCCGGACUCCUUUAUCUAUACAAUACGGCGGAGAAUUUCAAGGCCGCCGACAAGAACGAAUUGACGAAAAAUACCGCCGCCAAGGUUUUGUUUUCCGAAUUUCUCCCAAUAAUUUCUUUUUUGCAGAUCUGGAGCUCGAUUACCAACCGAGAAUGGCUCCAGAAUCCGUCGCUUUUGUCGCAGUUUUUCAUAAUUUCGUUUGCCGAUUUGAAAAAGUUCAAAUACGUUUAUUGGACGUGUGUUCCGGCGCUCGUCUUCCCCGCCGACAUUAAACAAGAAGUUGGUUUUCCCAUUGUUUCAACAAAAACUCCAUUUUCCUUUAGAUUCUGCCGCUGACCGCUUCCGCCGACGCUCUCCUUGCCCACCACAAAUCCACAAAUUCCCCGAUGUUCCUCCUCGUCCGAUCUACGUCGGAACUCCUCCCUCUAGCCCAUCUGGAGCAGCUGGAGCAUCCGCACGACGUCUCCGUCAUCCUUGCCGACCCGUCGCCUGUCGCCACUUCUGCCGGAUGGCCCGUGCGGAAUCUGCUUGCGGCGGUGGCUCAUCUCCGGCCGAAAUGGACCGAAUGCCACGUCGUCAGCCUCCGAGCCACAGGAUCUAUCGAAAUCAAGUACACGUGGCAGUCGACAGAAACGUCGGAAGUGCCGAAAGCGGUGGGGUGGGAACGGAAUGCGCAGGACAAGCUGCUGCCGUAUUCGGUCGAUCUGAGCGGACAGUUUGAUCCGAAAAAGCUGAUGGAACAGUCUGUCGACCUGAAUUUAUCGCUGAUCAAGUGGAGAUUGGUCCCGGAUAUCAAGUUGGAACGGUUCUCGCAAUUGAAGGUAGUAAAAAUCAGUUGUAAAAGGUAACAUAUUCAAUUUUCAGGCCCUGAUCUUCGGCGCAGGAACGCUUGGCUGUAACCUGGCGCGCGGUCUGAUGGGCUGGGGAGUUCGUCGGAUCACAUUCGUCGACAACUCGACAGUCAGCUACAGUAACCCGGUCCGUCAAAGUCUUUCCGAAUUCGACGACGCCCGUCAUGCGCGCGGAAAAGCCGAAACCGCCGCAGCGGCCCUCCGACGCAUCUUUCCCUCGGUGGAAGCGGUGGCGCAUCGGAUUACGGUGCCGAUGCCAGGGCAUACGGUAGAUGAGAACGAGGAAAGCGCACUGGAGAAGGACGUGGAGGCGUUGGAGCAACUCGUCAAGGAGCACGAUGUUCUCUUCUUGGCACUGGACUCCAGGGAAGCCAGAUGGUUGCCGACGCUGCUGGCUAACAAGCACAAUAAAAUUGCGAUCAGCGUGGCGCUGGGCUUCGACACCUACGUGAUCAUUCGUCACGGAAUCGGGUUCAGCCAGGGAUCUUCCGCCGGGGCGCCCAUCUCGGCCACCGAGAAAGUACCGUACUCCCAGUUGUCGUGCUACUUCUGUAGUGACGUCACCGCGCCGGGAAACUCGACCGCCGAUCGGACCCUCGAUCAGCAGUGCACGGUAAGCCGCCCGGGACUCUCGAUGAUCGCUUCCGGAAUGGCCGUCGAGUUGCUUUCGUCGAUUCUCCAGUACCCGAAUCCACUGGAAGCGCCCGCCAACCACGGAGAAUCCGACGAUUCGACCACUGUUCUCGGCGCGGUUCCCCAUCAAAUUCGCGGAUUCGUCGGACGAUUCCAGCAGGUCAGCUAUUGUCUUAAAAUUGCUCAAAAUAAUAAAAAAAUUUCAGAUGACCCCGUGCGUGCGUCGUUUUGAUCGUUGCGUCGCGUGCGGAGAAGCCAUCUCGCGAGAAUUCGACCAAAACGGCUGGAAAUUCGUGCGUGACGUCAUGAACUCGCCGAGCCGAUUGGAGCAAGUCACCGGACUCGACGAGCUCCAGAACUCGGUCGAAACUGUCGAUAUCGAGUUCGACGACGACACGGAUUCUGUGAUUUCCAUUUGA